AUGAGGAUUACCACUGUCACUCUCGAAGAUCUCCAAAACUUCCAAGCAACGCAUUUUCACGGUCCCCAUCAACCUCUCCAGCCUCCUGCUCCAUCAGCAGAACCCGCCGCCGCGGACCCUCCCUCCAUCGAUGAAGAUGAUCUCGGCUACUAUCCUGAUGGGGUUAAGCGAACCUUGACCGACGAGCAAAUCCGCAUCUUCAGACACAGCGAGAUACAUGCUUUACUGCGCAAGAGGCAGUUGGAGCAAGACGAGGCCGAGUAUGAAGCCCGAUCGCGCAAGCGAUCGAUCGAUGAGGUGACAAGUUCGGUCAUGGAAGAGCAACUUGAAGAAUCGUCAACUUCGCAUGUCGAGAGAAGUAGUGUCCCACAGAGAUCAGCUUUGGGCAGUGCAAGGCUUCAGAAGCGCGUCAAUCCCGAUAUUCCGGAUCAAUCUGCCAAGCCGCUUGACUAUGAGGAUGAGGCCGAGCAACAGACUCUGACCCAGGCUUCGCGCUCAACCAAACCACCACCACCAUCCUUCUCGGGUCGGAGAAUCAUUUCGUACGAUGAUUGA